AUGGUAGAUGUUAAUGAAGUCAUGACAGAGGUUAAUGAAGUUGUGGUGGAUGUUAAUGCAGUUGUGACAGAGGUUAAUGAAGUAGUAGUAGAUGUUAAUACAGUCGUAGUAGAUGUUAGUGAAGUCAUGGCAGAUGUUAAUGAAGUUGUGGCAGAUGUUAUGGCAUGGAUCAACCUUGAAAACAUGCCAAAAAAGGUGCUGGAAUCCAAAGGAGAGGAAACCCCAGGGCAUCAGUUUUCAGAGCAGGUGUCAGUAGACAGAAAGGAUGGUGCAGAGCAGACCAUGGGAUUUGGGGUUUGUAUGAAGAGCUGCACCAGAGGCUGUGUCCAGCAGCUGGAAAUCCUGCCUUCCAUCCUUGUGACCUUCUUCCUAGCUCCAUCUCUGGCCAUGAUGAACACCAGUGACAGCCAUCCUCUGGAUGGAUCUGUUGGGACCCAGACCAUCCACAUCAACGCCUUCCGAGGUACGGUCAGCAUCCGAGACAACAAUGUUUUGAGUGAAUGGGAUGGAAUCUUGGACUACAAGAAUCGUCUCUUGGUAGUUAAGCUGUUCAGCAAGAUGGCCUGUGUCCUGGCCCAGAUGGACCAAGCAGUCUUCCCCAGUUUGGAUGAUAUUAGGAAGGUCCUGGGCAAACAGGCUUCCAGUCGUUACCCGCCCACCAGCGGCUUGUCCUACACAGUUUUACCCACUCGAGUCAAGAACUUGGCCCAGUAUGGAAUGCCCAUCAAGAACCUAUGUAGAGCGGUUCCUGCCUACUUUGCUCAGCAGCAAAAAGCAGGUACCGCCCUGGCAAUAGACCCGAAUUCCUGCUCUGAGAUCCAGCUUCUGACUUUUAUGGGGCUCUCCAUCUGUGGGGAGAGUCCUGGACUCUGA